AUGUGGUCGUGUAGAGUGAUCUUUUUGAAUGUUCUUCUUUUGCUGAUCAAUUCAGUGGCAUCCAGUGGGAAUUAUAAUGAAUUGGAAAGAAAUUUUAUAGAUAAUCUAGAAGAGAGUUUUGCAGAGAAAUGGAAUUCCUUUGAAAAGGAAGAAAUUCAGGAUAAAAUUGAUAAUUUAAUUGGAAACUUUGUGAACUUGGGAGAGCAUGAGCAGCAUAGGAGAUUUCGCCGGGAUACCCAAUAUAGUGCUUCAGAUCAUUUGAAACUUUUGGGAUUCGAGGAAAUGGGAUCAAUCCCAGUGAGUUUUCCCCUCGAUCUCUGCCUCAUGCAGGCCUUUGGGACAACUUUUGCUGUGGCUCUUCACACAAAUGGACCCCAAUCUGAUGCCACCACAAAUACAACGGAGAUUACAUUCCUUCAAUUAAUUGGAUCGGAUUUUAAGACAAUCUACGAAGGAAAAUUGAACAAAAUCUCAAAAAUGGAUUGUAUUGCAGCGGGAGAUCUUGCCUUUGUGGCACUUUCUGGGGAUUACCGAAGAGGAACCAAAGAUGUUGGUUCACCAGUCUUUCAAAUUCUCCCAAAUGACAUUAAAAUUGUUCACUACAACCGCAUAGAGCAUCAACUUAUGGCUAAAUUUUGGAAUUACAAUAAUGAGAUUUUCCUCAUGGAGACCUUCGAAACAACACGUAUGCCCCUUGAGAUUCGCAAGAAGUUUCUCUGCCCCGUGUACAAAUGGACGGAAAUGGGAAGCUUUGAGGUAUGGAAUGAAAUUCCAUGCUCAGACACUGUUGCUGUGGAGUUUUUUGGGGUGAAUGAAGAUGUUUUUCUGGUCAUGGGGAAUAGUCGAAGUGAGAAGAAUUCCACAAAGGUUCCUUCUGUGGUGUAUCAAUUCAAUGAGGGGGCUCAGAAAUUUGUAUUCCAUCGAGCUAUCGUCACAGAUGGUCUUGUGGAUCUCAAGCAUUUCCGUGUUAACGACGAAGACUAUCUGAUUGUGGUGAAUUCACCCCCAAAAGAGAACAACCGGGAUGACUACACCAUUGCACCUCAUAGUAUCAUCUACAAAUUCACCAAUGGACACUUCUUUCCCAUCCAGAGUCUCGAGAUAGAUGAUGCAUCAGAAGUUCUUCCUGUUUCAGCGACAAAUGAUCAAGUUCUCCUCCUCUUUUCCAGUGAGAAGGAAUCAAUAAGAAUCUACGAGUACGAUGGAUGGAAGUUUUACGAAUCCUCCGUUCGGUAUACGGCUGAAUCAUUUGAAUUUGGAGUAUCCACAAUGAGGGUGUAUCCGUAUGAGAAAUCCCCCGUGAUCCUUAUUGCCAAUCGACGUGUUUUCGGGGAGACUCAGAAUAUCUUUGUGCCGCAAUUCAAGACAGUUCCCAACUAUGAUGUUCACGAAGCAAUGCUCGAAUGGUGUCAGGAGAGUAUCGCAGAACUUUCCAGCUUUCAUCUCGAUGGAGUUGUUAUUGCAAUGGAAAAUCUACCAAAGGCAACGGAUAAAGCUCUUGAAUUCAGCCAAGGAGUGGAAUUUGCAUCCCUCAAAGUUGAAAAGUUGUUAACUCCUGAGAUUAGAACAAAUUUGGUGGAUUUAAAUGAAGCAACAGCAAAGGAAAUAAAUAGUACGAAUGAACGUGUUCACGUUCUCAAUGAAAAAAUGAACAUUAUUAGUGCAACAAUGAAGAAUUUCUUAGCUGAUAAGUAUGGUCAGGUUUCGCAAGAAGCUCUCAUGCAAGAUCUUCCUAUAGCUGAGAGCCUUACCCAAGAUCCUACGAAUGAAACUUAUGAGUUUGAUGAGCUCUUCGUUGAUGAAAUUUCAGCAGAAUUUAUCAAUAAUAUCCCCUCUGAGAGGCUCAUUCGUACAGAUAUCCCGCUAAAUCUUUCCGGAAUCGCACUGGAAUGCGAGAAUUUGGAGAUUUUGGGAGAGCUAAAAGUGAAAAAUCUCAUUGAUGGAUUAAAAUUCGACCGAGAUCACAUUCUCCUCAAGAAUUCCGAUGCACAACAUCUCAAUUUCACCUCUCUCGAUACCCUCAUUGUGAGGGAUCUUCAUCUGCAGAACAUCAAUUCAAUGAACUUCUCCAUAAUUCUGGAUGCACUGAAGAAAAUGGAAACGAUCGGGAAGAAUUUAACUGUCCUCAAGGCAGAUAAUUUGUUUGUUAGUGGAUCAAUUAAUGGUAUUGAUUUGUCCUUUAUUGAGAAGUACGCCCUACGCACGGAGGGGAAUCAAAUAAUCACCCAACCAGCAGAGAUUGAGCAUCUUGUGGUGGAUCAAGUGAAUGUCUUUAAGAAGAUAUCUGAUAAAAAUAUCUCAGAUGCUGUUCUCGCUUCUCAUGGGGAUUUCUUGCUAAACUACCCAGUGAGCUUUAUGCGUAACAUCUCCGUUGAGGAUCUGAAAAUAACUGAAAGAUUGAAACAUAUUGAAGUCUUUGACGGGGUAAUGGAUGUUGUACAGCUCAAUAGCACUGAAAUGCAAAUUGUUGAGGGAAGAAAGACUUUCGAGACAGUUAAACUGCUAAAGCCAAUUGUUCUUCGGGGAAAAAUAAAGAGCGAAAGCUUGGAAAAAAUGAAUCCCAUGGCGAGUGUUAAUGAAAAUUUACUCCUAACUGGUGAUUACUUCAUAAGUGGCCCAGUUACCGUGAAGAGAGUCCUCAAAACAGAUGAUAUUCUCAGCUAUAGGGAUUCUCUGAGUCUCCAGAGACUCCUCUCAGAUGGCCUCCCCAGUGACACGGUGAACAUUCAUCAGAACAUCAAUUUCCAUCAACCACCAAAGUUUAAUGAUCUCCUCACAAAAUCCCUCAAUGGAAUUAAUCCGGAAAAUCUCGUAAAGAUCAAUACUGAUGAAAUUCAAACAAUUCUGGGGAAGAAAUACUUCAAAACUGAUCUUACGGUCAAGGAGGGAUUUUGUGAUGCAGCUGUGAUUCAAGGAGUCAACAUUACGGAUCUCAAUAGGAGUAUUUUGCACAAAAGUGGCGAUGAGGAGAUCUCGGGAGACAUUCAGUUCAGGAAAAUAAUGGCAAAUAGUGUAAAUGGGGACAAUGUAACACUAUCCGGGAGGAAUUUCCGUGACUUCUUGCACUUUGAUCGGGAUCAAUACAUUGCUGGAAAUGUAACAAUGAAGAAGGAAUUUUCUGCACAAAAUCUUACAGUUGCGGAUUUGCAUGGUGAUGGGAAAAUUAGCGGAGUGGACAUUGGUAGUCUCAUAACGGAUACGGCAAGAAAGGGGGAAAGGAUCAUCCUCACGGGGAAUAAAAUAUUCAAAGGAGGUCUUUCAAUUGAAAAUCUGGACGUUGCAUAUCUUCCAAAUUUCAACAUUUCUCACGUUAAUGGGAAUUUCCUGGAUUUUAUGGGAAAGAAAAUUGUUUGGGAUUCAAUGGAGUUCACUGAAGAGAUGGAAAUCAAUGAAAUGACCUUUCAAGGCUUCCUCAACAACAUUGAGAACUUUGACUUUGGCAACACGUGGUUACUAACUGAGGGUGAUCAGAAUAUUGCAACAUCACAAAUUUUCACAAAUGUUGAAGCUCAUGGUGAGAUCAAUUUGGAAGGAUUGCUCAAUAAAAGAAAUCUCAGGGUAUUGUAUGAGAAUACCUACUUCAUCAAUCAGCAGGAAAACCUCCCGGAAGUUGAGUUUGUGGAAGAUGUUACCCUUCACGAUGAUUUGGUCACAAAUGGCACCCUCUCUGGCCUGUGGAUGUCACAAAUUCUCAACAAGAAAAGCGGAACUUCCUACAAAAUUCCCAAAUUAACUGUGAAUGGAGAUUUAAUUGUUGAUAAAAAUCUCUUUAUCGUGGAUGAAUUGAAUAACAUCAACUUGCCCAUAUUAGCUAACUUCCUCAUGCCAUCAUCAACAAAUUCCCUCCAUCGACUCGUUGUUCAUGGUAAUGCAACAUUCAACAUGGAACCAAAAGUACUCUUCCUCAAUGGAUGGGACAUUGGAAAACACUUCGAAGAUGCUCUCAUGGUGUACAACAAGAUUCAUUUUGAUGACUUUGUGCACUUCCAUGAGGCAGAGUUUAUGGGAAAUGUCUUCAUCCCGGGGAAAAUUAAUGAUAUCAACUUAACUUACGUGGCUUCCAAUUACAUGAGCCUCACAAAGCCCCAAAUUAUUGAGACGAAAAUCAACUUCCUCAGCAAUGUAACCCUCGAGACACCACUGUCAUCUUCACACAUCCACGUUGAUGGGUACUUGCGGGCAAAACGGAGUGGACUAACAGUCAAGAUGGAAGAACUGAAUGAGAAAGCUGCAAAAAUUGUAGGGAAUCAAACAAUUUUCGGUCAAUGGAUAGUUGAUAGGGUUAAAGUUGAAGGAGAUCUCGAGAAAGCUCUUGUAAAUAAUCUCAACAUGGAUCAGGAUGUUAUGCGGUACGAUGUUGAGUACAACAAUGUGACUGCCCUGAAGAAGCUUCAUCGUUUAAUGGUGGAGAGUAUCCAGUGUGAGCAUGAUUGUAUCAUUCAGGAUGUGAAUGUGAAGGAAUGGUUUGCCCAGGCGGUAUUCCUCAUUGGGAAUCAUACAAUUCAUGGCACAACAACGUUCAAGAGGGCCAUCUUCCACACAGAUAUCACAGUUCAUGGGCUUGUUAACAACAUCACCUUCAAUCACGACACUGUGUUAACCAAGGAUGCUGAACAAACGGUUGAAGGGAAUAUUUAUAUCGAUAACAGAUCCCGAGAUAGGACAAAGCUUCAUCCCCUCACAAUCCAUCAAUUACAGGCGAACAAUAUAAAUGAAAGGAAUGUGGAGGAUUUCUUGAGUAAUCUUGCAACGUACAAUGACUACAAAACUGGUCAGAAUUUCGCGAAAUCCCUCGUUGUGUUCGAGAAGCCCCUCACGGUGGAAUACCUUCAAUGUCGUGGAAGCCUCUUUGGGAUAAAUAUGACUGAAAUGGUCCCGGAGAUGGAAAUGGCUCAAGAAUUGAGUGCAAUGGAGAAGAAAUUGCAGGAAUUGUAUGAGAAUGCAAAGAAAAUUAGGCACUACCGAAGUGCCACAUUCUACGUCACUCACUAUGCUGUAGCGCAAACCCUCAAAGGAGAUGCCCUGAAGAAAAUUGUCCCAAUUGACCUCGUGAAGAAUGGAAAGGUCAACCUGCAUCUAGCUGUGCUAGCAGGAGAUGCCAAUGGAACAAUGAUAAACUUCUACCGUUUGGAGGAAUUUCAGAGGAAGACUUUUGUGGAAUCAGACAUUCGACCUGUGCGCUUUGCAGACGGGGAUCUCGUGAGUAUUAACCACCUGCGACUGUUAGGGAAAGAUUUUCUCUUUACGGAGAAAUAUAGUGAAGCAAUUGGAUACAAACAGAUCAUCUUCAACUACGAGCACGAUACCAUGAAGGUGAUCUAUGAGAGAUUCACCGAAACACCCCGAAGAAUGGCUUCAGUGAAGCAAAAUAACCAGGAAUGCAUCAUUGAGUACUCCGUGAAGGAUUUCCAGGUGUCUGUUGAGUGUACAGCAGUGGAUGAGAGCGGGAAGAUCACCUGGGAACCCGUUCAGAAGCUCCAAAUUGAUGGAGUUCGCGAAAUCAUCCCUCUGAGAGCCAAUAUGUUUGCUGCAAUUGCUAAAAAUGGAAGCGUCAAUGUGCUGGAGUAUCGUCGUGGAGAGAAGUGGGAAGAGAAGCAGACUCUCUCCAUCAUUAAUCCGCUCGAUGUGUCUGCGGAGACAUUCGAUGGGAAGCUCUAUAUGGCUGUAUGUUCGGGACAAACUAAAAAUUCCGUUCAUCAUGGCUCCGUGGAGAUAUAUCGACUCAUCGGGAAGCAAUUUGUUCACUUCCAACACGUACAGAUUGAAGCUCCCAUCAGGAUUCAGUUCUCGAUUCUUCCCACGGGAGAGUUUGUCCUGUACAUUCUCACUGGGAACCCUAGUCAACCACUGAUUGUCCUCAUUUACUCAGGAAUGGCAGGAUUUCGCCAAUUUGCCGUGGCGUCAACCAUCCCAAGAGGACAUCGUCUCAGCGUUAUCAAGUACCCCCAAUUCCGGAAAGAAUUUGUGGCUGUUCUUUCGGCCAGUGAAGCUACAUUGAUUGAAGCAGUAAUGAGAUGAAUAAAAUCUUUGUAAUAUGUUUUCA